UUUCAUCUUUCAAAUCUACUACUAACCAAAUCGGCUCAACUGGGAAAUUAAACAGAAAAGCAAUAUUACGAAUCACCAACUUUUUUGUGUAUAUGUGAAGAACUAUCAUUACGUGCUUUCAUUUGAACUAGUCAUGAAAAUAGAAGUGAACUGAUCUGUGCUGUCAAAGGACACUACCAACCUGUAGCGAAGAAAAGUAAUAUAAGUUUUAAAAUAAUAUCUCUCAUCAAAAGCUAGCAUCAAAAGCAAUCAGUUUAAUAGUAUUACUGGAGAAUUUCUACAGUAGAUAUUACGCAACGUGCGAGCCAAACACCCAGAAUCAAGAGACCCUCGGAAAAGUGAAAUUAUAAUUAGGACAAAGAGAUCAAAAUAAAACAGGAAGAUAUCCAAGAUGGCCGCCCUCAUUCUUCAGCAUUGCAACACUGUCGCACACUCGCUCUGCAAGCUCUAUGUGGCAACGGGAACGACUACAAGUCUGCUAGCGCGUACUAUUACCACCACCAACCCGGUGCGGAAUCAAAACAACAACAGCGGAAAGGGCAAACAGCUGUCGACAGCUGACGUGAAGAAGAUCCCGGACAGUGAUGUGAAAAAAUCCGUUUUCAUCUCGCAGUCCAACGACAUCUUCACCAAUCUGGCUCUCGAAGAUUGGAUUUAUCGAAACUUCGAUUUCGCUCAUCACCACAUUUUGAUGCUGUGGGUUAACAAGCCGGCCGUAGUCAUUGGUCGUCACCAGAAUCCGUUUGCUGAAACCAACGUUUCGGCACUGAUGCAGAACGGUGUUGAGCUAGCUCGUCGAAAUAGCGGCGGCGGUGCAGUAUAUCAUGACUUGGGUAAUUUAAAUUGUACCUUCUUUACGCCACGUGCUCGCUACGAUCGGAAAUACAACCUGAAUCUGAUUACUCGCGCUUUGUAUCGCGAGUUUGGCAUUAGCGCUGACAUAUCCGACCGAGACGACAUCACGUUGAUGGGUAAAAAGGUCUCAGGAACAGCCGCCAAACUGGGUCAACCGAACGCUUAUCAUCACUGCACAUUACUCGUCGACUCGAACAAGCUUCAUGUGGGUGAAUCCCUCAUCAAAGAUAACGCUGAAAUUAUUAGUAAGGCCACCGCCUCAGUUCCAUCCCCGAUUAAAAAUUUGGCCGACGUGAACCACACUGUGAACAUCCAGCAGCUCUUAUCAGCCAUUGGAUACGAGUUUCUGCGCACCCCGGCUACUCAACUAACGGACGGAGGUCGUGACCUGCUCAUGAAACAGCUUGGAUUCCAGUUGAUUAACCCGUCGGAAAAAUGGUUCCCCGGUCUCAAUGAGCUUCGGGAUAAUUUUGCCUCCUGGGACUGGCGCUUCGGUAAGACGCCUAAGUUUGCCGUGCAAAAAAGCAUACAACUAAAAACGGAAGGAGACAAUCAGACAAAUGAGAUGAAAGUCAGAGUAGAAGUUGAAAAGGGACUCAUUCAGGAAAUCAAUCUCAUCAUCUCGGGUCAAGAACCGAUUCCAGUAAUCUCGAAUUUAGUCGGCAAACCAUACAUGGAGGACUGUUUCAAUGGAAUCCUGGAGGCCAUGAAAGGUGCUAGUGCAGAGAGCAUGAAGCAUGCAAUGGGUUUAUGAGAUCUGGGAGACAAAUGAAUUUUUGAAACUUCCGGUGAACACAUCCGUGCAAUGAAUCAUCCGAUUUUGUAUCCGGCAACGCUUAUAAACGCCACACUAUCUUUGGAAGUCAUUAACGCUUGUUCAUCAACAUUUUAAAUUAGAAUGAAGCGCGAACACUAAUCCUACUUUUAUACUGCCUUUGUCUAUUCUUUUUUUUGUUUCAUUCAUUUCAAUUUCCUUUGUUAGAAAUAUUAACGAAGGUGUAGUAAACAACUGUCGAAACAAAUCGUAAGCGAGGUGAUAUGCUAAUUCGUUGCUUAUACCGUCGCUUUCGAAGGGUAAGAAAAUUAUUUUCUGUUUCGUUUUAAUGAAAGACUGAUCACAAAAAAACACAUAUGCACGAAUAUUUGAGCUAGAGCAAAAUUUUUCAGUCUUCUCGCACUUUCGUUUUCGUCACUUUUCACAAUUCUGUAUGUAAUUUGAUCUUGGUUACACCAGUACAUCACCGUCCUACGUAAAGGUGAUUAUACAUGUAACGGUAAUGCAGAGAAAAGAUGUAUAUGAAAAAAGUUAUAAGUUCUUUUUAUUCAUUUAUCAUAUAACUAAUACCGAUUUUCAAACACAUGAUAGUUAUAUGAAAUUCUUAACCAUUCAGAUUGCAAACUUAAUUGCUUGAAAAUCAGACUACAAUUCAUCUUUAAUCUUCUAUUAUAAGCAAAAAAGUUGGAAAUCGUUGCCUAAUAUAUAUUAAUAUUAUUUGAUAAAUUGAUUAGGUUUUUAAGGCAAGUGUAUUUCAUUUGUUUGAAUAGAUUAUAUCUCUUAUCCAUCUACAUUAGUCUUCUAGUUGUUAACUAUAAACAACAUUUGGAUUUUUUUUUCAUCCGUAUCAAAGAAUAGAUUAAUCAAGAAUACAAAUCAUAUCAUUUAUGUUUAGAAUGGGUUGAUUUUGUGCGUUUGCUGCUUACUGAAUUUCAGUUCGAGUUGAGUUCAAUACCUUUUCCUCUAACCCAAAACAAAAUAGAACUGACACUAGACUUAGGACCAUAUUCAUAUAGCUAUCAGGUCUUAUGUUGACUGAUAAAGUUUAGUCUGUUUAUAACUCGUAUACUAAUCGAAAGUAAUAUAUCUAGUAGCUGAAUCUGAGUACUAAACACACGCAGGGUGCAUCCUUUGGAUUACAUAAAGCGCAAAGUCCAUUUUUCUAAUAGUGUUUUUCGAAAUGAUGAUAAGAAAUAUUAUUAAGCUAAGAAUUAAGAUAGUUUAGCAAUGGUUUUUCAAUCGCGUAUAUAAUGAGCAAAAUAUAAACGAAAUGUAUACAAAAUAA